UUUGUAAAGUGUAGUUUACAUGCGAUGAGACAUACAAUGAUGAGAAAAGUGCUUUGCUGUUAAAAUUGGUCUCAAUCCAUAUGAAACUUUACUCAAAAAUCAGUUUGACCAACAAACUUCUAUCGUUUUAGGCCAGCUGUUUGAACCUGAUCUCAAAAUUCAAUGUUACAAAUGCCCACCUAUUCACUUUUUUGUUGGUGCAACAUUCAGCUAGCGUGUACAUCAACACCUUCCACCACGCAUCACUUGCAGUCGUCCGAAGGCACCAGAAUAUUAAAUUCACGUUUGAAGAAGAAUGUGAUAAGGUUUUUCCAUUCUUGGACGUUUGCGUCAUGCGUGAAGGUGAUUCUUUUGUCACCAACGUAUAUAGGAAACCAACAUUUAGUGGAGUUUAUACUAACUUUUCUAGUUUCAUACCCAUGGAAUAUAAACACGGCUUGAUUUUUUCUUUACUUUAUCGUUGUUACCAUCUGUGUUCAGAUCUUAAUAAAUUUCAUGUAGAAAUAUCUCAGUUGCAGACUAUUCUUGGAAGGAAUGGAUACCCUUCAAAGGUUUUUGAAUUCUGUCUCAGAAUUUUCAAUAGCAGAAAUUACGAACCGAAGGAACAAGUGUCCCUUGCUCCUAAGAAAGAGUUAGUCCUUGUUUUACCUUUUUUAGGAAAGAUUACCUUACAAAUUAGAACACGUUUGCACCGUUUGUUUAAGCAGAAACUGGCACAUUGUAAUGUUAAACUGAUAUUUUUUUCUAAGAGGAGGCUACGUAGCUGCUUUGCCUUUAAGGACAGAAUACCUGAAUCGUUACGCUCCGGACUCGUUUACUGUUUUAAGUGUAGUGGCUGCAACGCCACUUAUUAUGGCAAAACAAAACGCCAUUUUAAAGUCCGUAUGUCCGAGCAUUUAGGUAUUUCUGCACUUACAGGUAAACGCGUUAAACUUGGUCCGCAGGCCAGUGCCGUUCUCGAACAUUUAAUGUUUUGCAAUUACUCUCCAGCAUCGUUUCACAACUUCUCAGUACUUGCGGAAGAGUCUAAAGAUUUUAAACUUACUCUGAUGGAGAGCUUAUUAAUUGAGCGUGACCGUCCCAUUUUAAAUAACACGGUAAAAUCUAUGCCUUUAGAAUUAUUAUAAUAGCUCUAUUUUCUUCCUAUUAUAUCCUAUUAUGUUUAGUAUUUUUAUCUCUAACUUGUAAAAUAAAAUUUAGAAGCAGUGUUAACAUGCCAACCUGGGCGUUGGCGAAAGCUUGCUGAAAGAUAUAUUUGGAUAUGUCGUAGAUUUUGUCGUUCUUAUUUUUUAAUAUCUUAAAAAACUGCUCUACCAACUAACAUUCUUGUCCUUACCAAUCGGAAGCUGCCAUGCGUUUCUCUUUCUGUAUACGCUUGUAUCGAAGCGCGUCUCUACAUCGGCAACUAUAUCGUUGCAGAAGUCUUCCGUAUGUAUGUGGCAUACGCAGCUGUCUUAAACCAUAUAGCAGAGUUUCUUUUCCAAGAUACACAGGCUCCAGCACUUUGAUCUCUGUUUUGAUCGACCCCCAUGAGAUGCUUGCUGAAUCAAGGACACCUUUAAAUUUCGGCUACGUUACCAGCCAAAUGUACGUCUUCUCACUCGUCACUAGUUUCAUGUUACAAUGGCAUCACAUUUUCCAUAGUCUUCCCAAAGACAGAGACGUUCAUAAGCUUAGAAAAGACUUUCUUGAACUCAUUUGCAAUUUGCUUCGCCGUAAAUCUAUCGGUCUUAGGGACUGAUUUGAAGUCUUGUGUUGGCAGUUCCUGAGUCAUGGCCCACCCAAAGAGGUUGUUGGCAUCGAAUUACUGCAGAUACGAGGAUUCUUUGGUUUCAGUAUACUCAUUACACAUAUACUUGUUGUUGGCCGUGACACAGCGAUGUACUGCUUGUGUGAUUCCUCCACAAAUAUUCUUUUCAAUCAUAUGGAGCAUGUCAAGAGCACUAAUUUUAUUC